UGAAAAAUUUUCUCAAUUAUACGAGGUGCUUUUAUAUAAGAAAAAAGAUAUAACAGCUAUUCAGAAAAAACAUGGUAUUAACAAUAAUAUAAAUCAAAUAGCAGUGUUGGAGAGUAAGAAAGCAAAAGAACUUGCUGAUUCAUAUGAAUUGCUGUUAGAAUUGGUAAGGGAUUUAAUAUCUAUACAGAUGAAACUUGGUAUAGAUAUCAAUUCCAUUUUAGAAGCAGAACUUAGAAAGAAUAAAGCCUCUUUAGAUAAACCAAUUAGAUUAUUUGAUUUGCUUUUAUGCUUAGAAGAUAAUAUAGCGACAAUUUAG